AUGGGAAAUUGCAUUAAAGAAUAUAAUAAUCACUCCUCUCUUUAAGAUUGUCCAAGAAAAGAAAUAUUUGAAUAAGACUUCUCCAAUCUAAAAGCAUGCCAUAGAAGAAAAAAGUCAAGAUUAUUGAGCUAAGUUUAAAGCAUUGUUAUAAAAGAAGACCCAGAAACGGAGCAGGAUCAAAAUUCAUCUUUUGAACUAAAUUCUUAAUUUUAGAUUGAGUAGAGUGCAACCAUAAACCUGAUUAGGUUUCCAUAGGGACUUAAGAUGGAAAAGCAUCACUAAAUUAAGUUAUAUAAUCUACACACUCAAAGAUACCUACACUCCCAUGCUAUUAAGCAUGAACACAAUAAAUCAAAUGAAGUAAGCACUUGCAAUAAUUGCAAUUAUGAAUAUGACUGGUGGCAAAUUAUAUGGAUGGACAAUAAAACCUAUGUUUAUCAUCCUAUUACAUAAUCGUAUUUAAAAUGUUUACAAACCAUAAAUAACAUGGGGGAAGUUGGUUGUUUGUAAAAUGAUAUGGAUGAAUGGGAAAUCAUUGCAGAUGACGAAGAAAUCAAACAAUACUCUAUUAUUAAACUUAAACAUAUAUGUACUGGACUUUAUUUACACACCUAACCUUACUAAAGUAAGAUCGAAAAUUAACAUAUUGUAUCUGUCUGUAAGCCGGAAGUGGCUAAUGCUUUAUGGAGAAUCACAGAUAUGCAAUGA